CUGAACGCCAUGAUGAACAAAUGAACUCUCGGGGAAUGAAAUUUAAAUUCCAUAAAGGAGAAAAAGUUCUCUGUUUCGAACCUGAUCCAUCAAAGGCCAAAGUGCUCUAUGAUGCAAAGGUUGUUGAUAUUGUAAUCGGAAAAGAUGACCGGGGAAAGAGAGUCCCGCAAUAUUUGAUUCACUUCAAUGGUUGGAAUAGAAGUUGGGAUCGCUGGGCUGCAGAGGACCAUGUGCUCAGAGAUACUGACGAAACUCGCAAAUUACAACGUAAACUGGCGCGCAAAGCUUUGGCUCGCAUGAGGAGAAAGGGAUGGAGGAAGCGACGCUGUCGUUUGCCAGGUGUUAACUCGGUGUUAAAGACCCUCCCAGAAGAGGAAAGGGAGGAAAGCGACGAUGCUUCUGUGAUCUCGUCAUCUGGGGAAAGUGGCGAGGAAGAUUCAGAAGAUCCGGAGUCCUUAAAAAGUGAAGACAGUGACUCGUCUGAGGAUUUGAGAGAGAUGGUAAUUUUGGGCAGUAGGGAAGAACAGGAUGGCCACACCAAGAGAGAGAGUGAGGACAAGACCGUCACUAUAAACAUAGACAUCCCUGAGGUCCUCAAGAAGAAACUGGAGGAUGACUGCUACUACAUCAACAAGAGAAAAAAGCUGGUGAAACUUCCAUCCCAGAUGAAUAUAGUGACAAUCCUGGAGUCCUAUGUGAAACACUUCACCAUAAAUGCUGCUUUCUCCGCCAACGAGCGAUACAGACAUCCGCAGAGCUCCACGCAAUCCAACCUGAGUCCCCACUACGUUCCACCUGAGAAGAAUGAGGAGCUUUGUAAGGAAAUGGUGGAUGGUUUGAGGAUCACCUUUGACUUCACCCUCCCUUUGAUCCUUCUGUACCCCAAUGAGCAGGCUCAGUUCAAGAAAGUCAGCUCCUCCAAGUUCUUCUUGCCAAUCAGCGACAGUGCAGCUUGCUCCAGUAGGACGCUCCGCGAGCGUUCGCCCAGCCCCGGCUUGAACCCCGCCACCCCCCAGUCGACAGACAGCCAGCCCGCGCUCAGCGAAACCUCGACCGCCCCCGUCUCCACGGCGACCACGCCCAAGCGUCGCCGCUGCACCAACCCCGACGCCGACGCCACCCAGUCGCUGCGUCGCUCCACCCGCAACACCUCCGGAGGAGACCGAACGGCGGAGGGAGGAGGAGGAGGAGGAGGGAGCAGCUGCAGCGCCUCACCCCAACCCAAACGCCGCCUCACUGAUGCCCCUACGCCUCUUCCCAAGUUCUUCCUCAACUUGGAAAAACGAACACCAGUCCACAGCGGCUCCUCUUCUCCGCUGCCCCUGACGCCGAGUAAGGACGGCAGCGGCAUUUUCUCCGGGCUGGAGAGCAGGAGGAACAAUGAACUGAACGAGGUGCUGAGUUGGAGGCUAACACCUGAUAACUAUCCUCAAAGUGACCAACCUCCACCUCCUUCAUAUCUGUAUGGGUCACAGCACCUCCUCCGACUCUUCGUGAAGCUUCCGGAAAUUCUGGGGAAAAUGCACAUACCCGAGAGGAACCUGCGGGCACUGGUGAAACAUCUGGAGCUUUUUCUCAGGUUCCUGGCGGAAUUUCACGAGGACUUUUUCCCGGAGUCGGCGUACGUGUCCGCGACCGAAGCCCACUAUUCCAUGAAACAGCCGCGGCCUGUCUAUUGAGGAGGGGACCUGUCCCCCCCCCACCCCGGCGUUUUGGAGCGUCUGUUCCCCAGCUCUUAUAGAGUUCCCCUGCCCCUCUGCAUCGCCGCUGGUCUUUCCACGUUGAGCAAAGUUUUCUUUGUGCUUCUUACUGUGUCAGCAGCUGAUCUUUU